CUGGCUGCUUCUUCUGUUUCGUCGCUGCUGUGAGGUGACUGUACGCAAUCAAAUUCAAACCCUUCUUCCUGUGGGCUGCUCAUGGCGCCCGCCGAAACUCAUCCCUCCCAAUUUCAAUCUAUGCUACAGGCUACUGGUACUGUCUAUGUUCUCCGUACCUUUUCUUUUCGGCUAAAAAAAAUCGAGAUUCUCUCUCUCUUGAAAGCCACAAACAAGAAACGCCGGCGGUGGGGAUCGGCCGGCCCCUCUAGAAUUCUACCAGAUGCCCAGCCUUUCAGCCGCUUGGUUUCUGCCGAUUCCCUUGGCGGUUAAAAAAGGUUUUCCUCCAAGUAUCUCUGGUGACCGAGCUACUAAAAAGGGCUCAUGCGUUUUGCUCUCGCAGGUUGACUCGCGCGCUGAUUCGCCCAUGGCGGAUUGCCGGCACAAAUUCACCGCAUAUAUUCUUUACUCCUCGCCUCUUUCGUGUUGCUGUUGCCUCCAUGAGCAGCUUUUAUUUUUUUUAAGGGAAAUUUGGAUCCAUACCAUUAAAAGAUCACCACUUUGGAUCCAUACCAUUACAAUGACAUGUAGGGUCCAUGGUAUAUAUCUAAAGUUUGAAUCUUUUAAUGGUAUAGAUCCAAUUGUUCCUUUUUUAAUAACAGUUAUAAAGAAAACAGCAGCCUUCCCACAGAUUGUUCGCUCGCUAGCUCGCACCUGGACUCAACAGGCGAAGCACGCAUGUUUCUAUCCCUCUGCGGCAAUGCUUGCACAGUGAGCUCUGUGGAUUUGCACCUGUUUUUAGCUAGUACCAGGUGCAGCGAGCCGUGCGGCAAUUACUCUGCGCGUUCCUCCGUCCAUGGUGGGUUCCUGUUCGGCCCGGCCCGGAAGGCUGCCCCCUCCCCAUGCCUUUCUGGGCAUCUCCUGGCUCUUGCUCGCCCUUCUCUUCACAGCAGCACCAGCAACAGCACCAUGUUCUUGGCUUCUUCUUUGUGCCUCAGGGACCCUACUUAAAUAUUCCAGCUCAACAGCCACCAGCAUGUUUUUUUCCUUCUUCUUUUUGGGAAACCAAAAAAACCAUCCCUAUGGAUGGUUGGCCAAGUAUUUCACGAAAGAAAUCAUGUCAACAAGACCGAUGUGUAAAGGGCAGGCCGUGCUAGAGUGGUCACUGCACUGGUGGUAGGUUGUAUUGCUAGUCCGAGCACCGAGAGAGUGGUUGGUUGGCCGUUAUGGCAAUUUCGCCCCUUACUCGGAAAAAAAGUUUGCUGUUGUGAACUUUAAAGCUUGCAAAAUUUCCACUCAUCAUCUGCCUUUGUUGCUAUCUUCAUGUCUGUUUCUUUAGGAUAUCGCUUUAUCCUUCGUAUAAUUGUAUUGUCAAACUGGCACCCACCGGAAUCAUAUAGCCUGGAUAACCAGCAAGCUGCUCUCCGUCUCCUCUCAUCAGUGAUAAAUCCAAGAUUCUGCCAGUAAAGAUGCCGAUCUGUAGCUGUGAAGAAACUAUCCAUGAGUUCGAGAUGUUAACACGCGAUGCUGGGCGUGUACAGAAGGAUACACUGAAAAAGAUCCUCGAGUUGAAUGCUGAUGCUGAAUAUCUGAACAAGUUCGGCCUCAAUGGCAGGACUGAUGUAGAGAGCUACAAAUCCUGCAUCCCGCUGUGUGUGCACAGUGAUCUUGAGCCAUACAUCCAUAAGAUUGCUGAUGGUGAUAGCUCCCCACUCCUCACUGGGAAGCCCGUCACCUCCCUUUCCCUCAGUUCUGGUACAACGCAGGGAAGGCCUAAGUUCUUGCCGUUUACUGAUGAAUUGCUUGAGACCACACUUCAAAUAUUCCAGACUUCAUAUGCAUUUAGGAACCGUGAGUAUCCAAUUGGAAGAGGAAAAGCCUUGCAGUUUAUCUAUGGUAGCAAGCAAGUGGUAACAAAAGGCGGCAUCCUUGCCACAACUGCAACAACAAACUUGUACCGGAGGGCACGAUACAAGGAGGGGAUGAAGGAUAUCCAGUCUCAAUGCUGCAGCCCUGAUGAAGUUGUUUUUGGCUCUGACUUCCACCAGUCCUUGUAUUGUCACUUGCUCUGUGGUCUAAUAUACUCUGAUGAGGUCCAUCAGGUGUUCUCGACAUUCGCUCACAGCUUAGUCCAUGCAUUUCAAACAUUUGAGGAGGUUUGGGAAGAUCUCUGUGCUGACAUAAGAGAUGGUGUCCUCUCAGAGAAAGUUACAGUGCCAUCGGUUCGUGAAGCCGUGACAAAAAUCCUCAAGCCCAAUCCUGAGCUCGCUGACUCGAUCUAUAAGAAGUGUACGGGCCUGAGCAACUGGUACGGUGUAAUCCCAGCACUCUGGCCAAACGCAAAGUAUGUGUACGGUAUCAUGACAGGGUCCAUGGAACCGUAUUUAAAGAAACUGAGGCACUAUGCUGGGCACUUGCCUCUGAUAAGCGCAGAUUACGGCGCAUCUGAAGGAUGGGUUGGUGCUAAUAUAAACCCCACACUUCCACCUGAACAGGUGACAUACGCUGUUCUCCCUCAGACCGGUUAUUUUGAGUUCAUUCCUUUGGAGGUGGAGAAUAGUGCCUCCUCCAUUCACUACUUAGAAUCAGAACCAGUUGGCCUGACUGAAGUUGAGGUUGGCAAAACCUACGAAGUCGUGAUAACUACCUUCGGAGGUCUAUACCGCUACCGGCUAGGAGAUAUCGUGAAGGUAACGGGCUUCCACAACGCAACACCGGAGCUCCGGUUCAUCUGCCGCAGAAGCCUAGUCCUGAGCAUCAACAUCGACAAGAACACCGAGCAAGACCUCCAGCUGGCCGUCGAGGAGGCAGCGAAGCUCCUGGACGCGGAGAAGCUGGAGAUCGUCGAUUUCACCAGCUUCGUGGAGAAGUCAAGCGACCCCGGUCGCUACGUCAUCUUCUGGGAGCUGAGCUCCGACGCGAGCGAGGACGUCCUGCGAGGCUGCGCGAACUGCCUGGACCUAGCCUUCGUCGAUGCUGGGUAUGUGGGCUCGAGGAAGAUCAGAGCCAUCGGCCCGCUGGAGCUGCGGAUUCUGAAGAGGGGAACCUUCAAGGAGAUCCUGGAUCACUUCCUGAGCCUCGGUGGCGCCGUGAGCCAGUUCAAGACGCCUCGGUUCGUCAACCCGUUGAACGUCAAGGUUCUGCAGAUACUCAGUAGGAACACCACCAGAAGCUACUUCAGUACCGCCUAUGGGCUCUGAUAAAUAAGAAACGCUGCUAGUAGUUCCAUCCAUGUAAUUAUAUUUAUAUAAAAAAAUAUUGCUUCACUGUUCUGUUCUAGUCUCCAGGUAAAAGAAAACAAUCUACUCAUCCUAGUCCUGCUGGCGCCCUGCUAGAAUGUCUGUAAAUCCAUAUGCAAGCAAAUGCAUUCAGUCUCUGCCUGUGUUCUGAUC